CUCAAGAAUCUCUCUCACCCUGCCAUCAAAAAGCCCUAAAAAACCCCGCCUUUCUGAAGGAACUCAGAGCGUUCUCCCAGCAAUGGAGGACGCCGACGGUGUUCUCAGCUUCGAUUUCGAGGGCGGCCUCGACGCCGGCCCCCCCAACCCCUCCGCCUCCGUCCCCGCCGCCCACCACCCCGAUCCCUCCUCCUCCGCCGCCGCCGAGGCGGCGGCGGCCCCCAAGCUGGCGGCGGCCCGGACUCCGGGGCGGCGGCGGGGGCGGAGCUUCCGGCAGACGGUGUGCCGGCACUGGCUCCGCAGCCUGUGCAUGAAGGGCGACGCCUGCGGGUUCCUCCACCAGUACGACAAGUCUCGCAUGCCGAUUUGCCGGUUCUUCCGGCUCUACGGGGAGUGCCGCGAGCAGGACUGCGUGUACAAGCAUACCAACGAGGAUAUCAAGGAGUGUAACAUGUACAAGUUGGGUUUUUGUCCAAAUGGUCCUGACUGCCGAUAUAGGCAUGCGAAGCUACCUGGACCUCCACCUCCUGUGGAAGAAGUCCUUCAAAAGAUUCAACAAUUGAAUUCGUACCAUUAUGGCAAUUCAAACAGAUAUUUUCAGCAGCGUAAUGCAAACGCUGCUCAACAUAAUGAAAAAGCUCAGUUUUCAGUAGGAACCAACGCUGUAAAUCAAAGCGCAAUUGUAAAACCUUCUAUGACGGAGUCUGCUAAUUUGCUGCAGCAGCAACAGCAGCAGCAGCAGCAGCAGCCGCCUGUUCAGCAGUCCCAACAACAGCUCAGCCAAACGCAGCAACAGAAUCCUUCUAUCAGCACGCCUAAUCAGGCAGGCAGAGGUCCUACUCCUUUGCCUCCAGGAGUAUCUAGGUAUUUCAUUGUUAAAAGUUGUAACCGUGAAAAUCUGGAGUUAUCUGUACAACAAGGAGUAUGGGCAACUCAGAGGAGCAAUGAGGCUAAACUGAAUGAGGCAUUUGACUCUGCUGAAAAUGUGAUUUUGAUCUUUUCUGUCAACCGUACACGUCAUUUUCAGGGCUGUGCAAAGAUGACAUCAAGAAUUGGUGGAGCUGUGAGUGGGGGGAACUGGAAAUAUGCUCAUGGAACUGCACAUUAUGGGCGAAAUUUCUCAGUGAAGUGGUUAAAGCUGUGUGAAUUGUCCUUUCAAAAGACUCGCCAUUUGAGGAACCCAUACAAUGAGAACUUACCAGUCAAGAUCAGCAGAGAUUGUCAGGAGCUAGAGCCCUCUGUUGGUGAGCAGUUGGCAUCCUUGCUUUAUCUAGAGCCCGAUAGUGAACUCAUGCCGAUUUCUCUGGCGGCAGAAUCUAAACGGGAGGAGGAGAAGGCCAAAGGAUUAAAUCCUGAUAACGGGGCAGAGAAUCCCGAUAUCGUUCCAUUUGAUGACAACGAAGAAGAAGAAGAGGAAGAGGAAGAAAGUGAGGAGGAGGAGGAGAGCUAUGGUCCGCUUCUUGGACCAGCAUCUCUUGCUAGAGGAAGGGGCAGGGGAAUGAUGUGGCCGCCAAUGCAACUAGCCCGUGGAGCCCGGCCAAUCCCCGGGAUGCGGCCUUUUCCUCCUGCAAUGAUGGGUGCUGAUGGUUUUCCUUACGGAGGUGUUGCUCCUGAUGGUUUUGGAAUGCCCGAUCUCUUUGGUGUGGGUCCCCGUGCUUUCCCUCCUUAUGGGCCGAGGUUUUCGGGGGACUUUUCAGGUCCUGCAUCCGGCAUGAUGUUUCCUGGACGACCAAUGCAACCUGGCUCAGUUUUUCCUACUGGUGGGUUUGGGAUGAUGAUGGGUCCUGGACGUGGUCCCUUUAUGGGAGGAAUGGGCCCUGCAGGUAUAAACCCUGCAAGAGCUGGCCGACCCGCCGGAAUGCCUGGAGCUCUUCCACCUCCACUUUCUCAAAACCUGAAUAGGUUAGUGAAGAGAGAUCAAAGGCCAUCUCCUGGUGCAGGUUCAGACCAGGGUAGGGAUCAAGAGUCAAUGGGACCGAGUGAAGGUGUUGAUCACGAGAGAUCACAUCAACCAGGACCACGGGCUCAUCAUGAAGAUAACAGCUUAAGGAAUGAAGAGAGCGAAAGCGAGGAUGAGGCUCCAAGGCGCUCGAGGCACGGGGAGGGGAAGAAGAAGCGACGUGGCGGGGAUGCAGUUGUUGCUAUGGCCCCCAAUCGCUAGCGGGAGUGUUUUGACUGCCCGAUCCAUUAGGCAUUUUGCUUUGUUUUUGUUCACCCAUCUCCUGAUUUUUUCUUUUAUAUAACUAAAGUCUUCUGUUCCAGUGACUCAGCUCCUGGAUCGGAGAGCCCCGUGUGAAGUUGUAGAAACCAAUAUGAUUAUGGCCUCUUUCUCACCAUUUGUCUCCGGAGAUCCAUGUUUUGUACGAAGUACAUUAUUGUAACUUAUAAAGAACAUGAAAAUGACUGAAAGAGCAUAUCACAUUACAGUAGAGAAAA